AUGAUGGGCUCCGGCUCGCACGAUGGCUUCGGCCCGGACCAGAUGUCGGGGCUCAUGGAGAUGCUGGGGGUCAACAGGGAGCCCGAGCAGGACGAGGCCAGCAAGCCGCCGUCGUACAACCCCGCCGCCCUCACUGGAGGCAAGGGGAGCCAGGCGGCCCCCAACAUGAAGGUGGCGGUGCGGCAGGGGAAGAAGAAGACCGAGGAGGCCAUCUGGCAGCCGGAGGAGUUCAAGGCCGCCUCCGGCGUCGUGGUGAAGGAGCAGGGCGACGACCGCGUGGCCCCGAGGUACGAGGUGAUGCCUCGACAACGGGUUGGCGCUUCGGACGCGUUCCUGAAUUUGCAGGAGCUCGACCCGUCCAGCGACAGGUGCCAGGAGCUGCUGGUGAAGAUCUGGCUCCCCGACACGCAGCUGAAGGACAUCUCCCUCGACGUCCUGGAGGACCGGGUGUUGCUUCAGGCGCCGAAGCACAGGCUGAACUUGCCGUUGCCGCAGCGGGUCAAGAAGGACUCCGGCAAUGCGAAGUGGGACAAGGUCAGCGGCCUGCUGUCGGUAGUUAUCCCGAUCGACAUGAAGGUCAAGUACUUCAGCCGCCCAGAGGAGGUCUUCACUUGA